AUGGCGGCAAGAGGAAGAGGAGCACCCUGCGGAGCUUGCAAGUUUCUGAGGAGAAAGUGUGUACAAGGGUGUGUGUUUGCCCCUUAUUUCUCUACAGAGCAACUGGGUGCAGCUCAUUUCGCUGCAAUUCAUAAGAUCUUUGGUGCAAGUAACUUCUCUAAGUUGCUGCAGAACAUUCCAUCGGAACAAGAAAGAUUUGAUGCAGUUGUCAGCAUAUCGUACGAGGCCCAGGCUCGCCUCCAGGAUCCAACUUAUGGCUGUGUUUCACAAAUCUUUGCUCUUCAGCAACAGGUUGCACACUUGGAAGCUGAACUGAGCAUUGCGUACUCUAGGCUUUCUGCUAGUAGCUAUGACAGGACAUCAUUGAGUCCUCCGUCUUACGCUGAACAAUCUACUUCAUCAUAUUCUAAACCCUACGAACAUUAUUAUUCUUCACGUGAACUACAGUCAAACCAACAAAGUGGAUCAGAGAAUGUUGCAUUUUAUCUCGAGGUAAAAACAGAUAAGAAUUUGUGCUUUCCCACGAACAUGGACUACUGCGAAGAUCUCUCUGUAGACAAUCAAAUGAAUGUUUUCGAAGAUGAGAUAAACUCAUUGCAGGCAAGUCAGGUAAAUGAGGGAGACCUCCACGCUUUGGCUUUUAAUAUCCUUAGAAAUAGAAGCUGA